AGCAAGUGUUUCAUUACAGACUGUGCACCAAGAUCAGCAUAAGCCCCCAAAAGUGAAACUUUCCCUCAGCAGCUAUGGAAACUGUUCCGGUGGACUGAGAUGCACUUCACAGGCUCCUCCCUGUCUCCUUCCUUUGACUUUCCCACCUCCAGCAGGCUGUCAUCCCCUGUUGGCAUUUGCAUAUUGCAGGGAAAUAAAACCUCAGUUCUCUCAGGAGUGAACCAGAGUGUUAUGGGAACUGAGCACUCGAAGAACGAGGAGCGAAGGAGCAUGGUUUUCCUUAGGAAAGGCCCGAAGCUGCCUGCAUGGGAAGAUGCCCUUCUGGCAGGGAGAGAGCCCAAGUCACUGCUGAAACGGGGAUUGCGUUAUGUCAGCUUGAGCCUCAUCAUGAAAGGGAUGACCAGCACACCUGACUUCUUGUGGGGACUGCAUGAGGUGCAGAAGCUGAACCUCUCACGCAACCAGCUGGUGGUGAUUCCUCCUUCCCUGGGGAAGCUGGACAGGCUGGUAGUGCUGAACUUGGGUGGCAACUGCCUCAAGUGCCUACCUAAGGAGAUUGGGCUGCUGAGGAACCUGAAGGUCUUGUUUGUCAAUAUGAAUUGCCUGAAAGAAGUGCCAGCAGAGCUCAGCUUGUGCAGGAAGCUGGAGGUUCUGAGCCUCUCACACAACUGCAUCUCACAACUGCCUUUGAGCUUCACCGACCUGACAAAUUUGAGGAAACUGAACCUCAGUAACAACCGCUUUGUUCAAAUUCCCCUUUGCAUUUUCGCCCUGAGAAGCUUAGACUUCUUGCACCUAGGGUCCAACAAGCUGGAAAACAUCGCAGAGAGUAUCCAGUAUCUGGUCAAUCUGCAAAUCUUUAUCGUGGAAAAUAACAACAUACGCAGUCUGCCGCGUUCCCUGUGCUACAUCAGCACUCUGGAGUUACUGAACGCUGACUACAACGCCAUACAGACCCUCCCAGAUGACCUGUACCUGCUGCGCCGCCUGCGCCGCAUUGCCUGGAACCCCAUGGACAAAGGGCUCCACAUCGCCCACAACCCCCUGUCCCGGCCCCUGCCCGAGGUCGUCGAGGGGGGGCUGGAUGCCCUCUUCAACUACCUCAGGGACAAAAAGGAGCACAACUGAGCUUCCGCUGAGCUUGGGAUUAAGCCUGUCAUCAAGACUCAAUCGCAUCGGAGAGCUUUCCUGCGCAGGCAUUUCCACUUCAUAAUGCUUGGAUUUUGAAGGCUAUGGAUGGCUUUAGUAACUGUUGGAGGAAAGCAAGUAAAGUAUGAUGGUCUUGAUUAAGUGUGGGAAGAGCAAACUUUCUAAAAAUAACCACUUCUGUAACCUUCACUGUUGUGGUACUUGGGGGUUUUUAUAGAAAAAAAAAUACAACAGAGCUGUGAUAAAAUAUUUGCUCUUCAUUUGACAGAAACAAAUUAAAGCAGACUGCCAGACAUGCAGAAAUGUGCAUUUGACAGCUAUUAGGCUGAAGAAAUAUUAAUAUUUGUUAGACUUUCUCUCUGUGAUUGCAAUUGCAUUUCUACUCCUGCUCAGUUCUUCAUAAACAGCUGUGUUCUGGCCUGUAUAAAUUACAGGUAGAGAUUGCCAGUGAUGAGGCAAUUUGCCAGCUCUUUGGAAGCAGAUCCCAAACGUCCCCAGAGCUCCUACUUCCCCUGGUGAGACGAGCAGCCCUUCACAUGGAGCCUCCCAGGAUGCUGAGAGCAGUGCUUCACAUCAGCUGGGAGCAGCAUCUGCACAGAGCACAGAAAGGACUGUGGCUUCUUCCCUGACACAAAGGAUGGAGUUGCUCAUUGCUAGAUGUACAACUGCUCUCCUUUCCCCCAUCCCUGCAAUCCAAGCUAUGGAGUAACUUUACUCAGGAGGCAGUACAUCUCCUAAAGGUGAAAUAUUUCUUUCAGGAAAAGCAGCAUCAACCCAGUCAUCACCUUAAGUAAGAGCUUCAAAAACAAAUAGUUAUUUCUGGGAUUUUCAGUAUCAGCCAGUAGCGUAAAAGCCAGGUCUUAUGUGGUUUCUCAUAUUGAUCUUCUGUGAAUGUCCGUCAUCAAAGUUUUAGCUGGUAAUAAAGAGGCAGUAUGAAAGAGCUGUUAACAAUUUAUGCAACUUGGGGCUUUUUUGUUCCCUCACACCAGUAUAAAACAGAAGCAGCUCUGUUGAAAUCAGUUGAGAUAAACGCUUGUAAUGGGAGUAUAAGAGAGGAAUGAGACUGUAAUUAUUGAGCUAAUUAUGAGUAUUCAAAGCCAUUUUUAAAGUGCUUCCUAUGUCAAAUCUCAGGAAUCGAUUAUUUUCUAAAACUUAAUUUCUUCAAAAUUAUGAAAGGCUGUGAAAGACUGAUCCUGCUUCUAGUGAAGUUAAUGGACAGUGCCUGGCUGAGGGAAAAACUCCUCAGCAGAGGUAGGAGCAGCCUGAUAACAGCAGACAAUUAUGUAACUCAUAGAUACAUGUGAGUAAACACAGCACCUUUGGUCACACUGACAUUAUUGGUGUGAUAUUGAAUGCCAGCAAUGAGGAAUCGGUGCUCACAGAAUAUUCCACCCUGGGUCUGCCUGCUUGGGUAUUUUAUUGUGUUGGAUUGUUUUGUGUAUUAUUUGUUAUCUUAAUUGAGAAUUUCAGUGUUAGGCCCAGAAAUCAAAGUCUCCAAGUGUGCAGUCAAAGACAAAUCCUAUGUUUCUAGCAAACAUGAAACAAUUUUGAAGGUUUUUUUUGCUCAAGCAUUAAGAAAACAAAGCAAUAAAACAAAUAUUUUGUGAA